GUAGUUUCCCCAUCCUCAAGUAUGUUGCCGGGGUCUUUUCACGCGUUGUUGGCGGGGGUUUUGAGUGCGCUCGCCUCUUUCUCUGCAAAGCUGUCCCUCGGUGCAGACUACCUCAGAGAGAUGUGUGAGUCCACACUGGGAAGCUGGACUGAAACGUACGGUGGAGCCACACACUGUGACUGGCUCCACAUCCCCCUGCGGCUGCUGUGUGUAGGCCUGCUGUUCACCUGUAAUGCUGUCAUGUGGACCUUCUUCUCCAAGGCUCUCCAACAAAGCUCCUCUUCAGCCAGAGCCACAGUCACUACCACUGCAUCUAACUUCAUCUGCUCAGCCGUCCUUGGGAGGGUGAUUUUUGGAGAGACCCAUGCAGCUCUGUGGUGGGUGGGCAUCUGUCUCACCCUGUGUGGACUGCUGGUGCUUCAUGGAUCCACACCUCAGGCCCUCCCACAAGACGAAGGCAAAAAGGACAAGUAAUGAGUAAAGUGGGUCGCCGCAAGUGUGCAGCCUCUGCUCUUCAGUCAUGGUCACAACAAACUGUGGCAAGACUCCCUCAGAGACACAUCAUGGGAAUCCUCAGGCACUUGGAAGUGGAAAUGAUGCUUUUAAAAAGAGGUAACUCAGUGUCUUAAUGCCAAAACAGUGGGAUAUGUUGCACAGAGCUGACACAGAGAGCAUUCAGUAGCAUCAGUCCCAGACACACCUCUGACAUACAGACUAAUAUGCCCCUGUUGUUGUGGAGCAUUUUCUUUAUUGUUUUUUUCACUGAGAGUGUCGGUAAUCUGUAGGCCAUGUUCAGAACCCAAAAAUAUUUUGGGUUAAUUAUAAACUGUGUUGGGACUAAUCAGACUGUGUCAGAGGACGUCAGUAGAGUAGUCGGUCCUUCAAUGUGACCCGGGACGCAUCUGCGUUCACAUUCCUAAAAGAAUGUGGCCACAUGUGGUCCAGACCACCACUGAAUGUGGUCUGAGUGAUGGGAUCUCAAAUGUGUCCUCAAUGUGUCUUGGGUGUGUUCACACCUGAACUUAGAGCUGUCCACUUGUGGUCGGAUCACUUGAGACAGAUGUUAAUACAGGUCUGAACAGGUCUGAACCGGGCCUUAGAGGUGAGUUGGUCACUGAGAUUGUCAGGUUUUGUUUGGGGUCAGUACAAUUAUGCCUCCUUCAGUCCGAAAUUUAAUUAAUUUUUGAACCAUAAUUCAAUGUGUAAAAUAACUUUUCUCUUUAGUUACAUGAGUAAAGAUAAGAUAGUUUACAGUUUUUUAAUACACAUUUCUCAAAACUUCACAAGCAUUUACACGCGACCAUUGAGUUUGCAGUGUGAAGUGCUGAGUAGACUGCACACCAAAAUAAUCAGAUAUGGAAAACGGAAAGCUCUAUACACAUAGGUUUACUGCAAAUAUUUAAUGAUAAACCCAAAGGUUAUUGAUUAUUAUUGAUACUUGCAUUGAACCAAAAUUUGCCAGCCUCCUUUCUCUCAGUAAGAGAAGACUGAAAACAUUGCUGCUGUUCUGUCAGGAACACUCAGGUCAGGUAGUGCAGACCAUCUGGCUGUGACAGAGCCAGCAGUGAAGACAAUCAUGAUCCAAAUCACCAAGUAAAGACAUCCUGUUACUGUCUUGUACAUAAUGUACCCUGCUUAAUGCUCACUUGCUUGGGAACUACUUUUUGCAACUGUUUUUGUAUGUUCACGCCAACGCUCACCCAGGAAUCAGAAACAGGAAUCACAGAAACACUGCACUAAUAUUUGUAACAAGUAGACUUAUGAUUUAAUGUACAUAUGGACCAUCUCAUUGAAUUAAAGAAGUAGUUCAACAUUUUAGGAAAUGCUCUUAUUUGCUUAUUUGUCAGGAACUAGAUGAGAAGAUUGAUGCCACAGUGUCUGGUGAAUGUAAGGCUACAACAAACAGGUGGCUUAGCAUAAAAAUGGAAGCAUGGGCAAACAGCUAGCUUGACUCAGUCCAAAGGUAAAAGGAAACUUGUUUUAAAAGUUUAAACUAAUUACUAGUAUUUUAUUAAUGUACAACUCUGGUUAACUGUUGUGUCUAAGAUGUUACACAGCCACCCACCACUAGCAUGGAGCUGCAGCUGCAACAGAUGGCAGCGCUCUUCUCCCUGGAAACCAGCACAGUUUGGAAGUAAUUUGAUGUAUAGAAUGAAAAUGAGGCUGUAUGUGUCCGUGUCAGAAUAAACUGGUGUAUAACUGGACCUGAGCCAUGCGUAACCACAUUCAGCACAGGUAUGUGGACGUUAACCUGCAAUGAAAGAAGGCUGCUGGUGUUAGCACUGCUACCGUUGGCCACACUCGGCCAACCAAUGUGACGAUGUUUACCUGACACUGUGAUACCGCUAGGUCUGAAGAGAUAACAGGACUUAAUAUGAACUCUUUUCCUGGGUGUUCUCCUGUUUUUAUUCCUCCGCUUCAGCAACAGUCAGAGCUGGAGACAUUGUUUUCGGGUUGUCUGUCCAUCCCAUCCUCGUGGACACAAUAUCUCAGUAACACCUUUAUGGAACAUCUUCAAAUUUGGCACAAGGAUUCACUCGGGCCCAAGGAUGAACUGAUUACAUUUUGAUAGUCAAAGUUCAACAUCACGUUGAUCUAAUGUUCAUGUAAUAUAUAAGGAAUGCCCAAAGGGAAAUUCAUGACUUAGGUCACACUGUGACCUCACAAAACAGGUUUUUGGCCACAACUCACAAAUUCAUUCACUAAUUAUGACACAGUUUCAAAUGUCCUUAAGGAUAACAUGAAGUGAUGACAUUUUGUAUCCAAAUGGUCAAAGGUCAACUUCACUCUGACAUCAUAAUGUUCUGCAAAAACACUUCUGGUCAUUAUUCAAUGCUGUAGCACUGUGACCGUAUUUCCUGCAGCUUGGCUGGUUGGCGGAGGAAAUAACCACAAGGCGAUAAUCUUUGUUAGACUAAUCAAAUAGUCUAAAUUUAAAUUGACAUUUAAUUGACAGGGAAAUAAAUUGUUAAGAGCAUCUCCAGUACGGACAUGAGUAGUCCCCAAAUUCCCCAGAAUCACAAAUUAUUCUUUUGAGUUGAGGAAUUCUGUUUGCUGUAUUAAAAAGACCCUUGAAGAACAUAUGGGUAGCAGAAUACUUUUUAUGCACCAGUAUAAAGUAUGUAAGUAAGUUGUUUUACUCUUGGCAGCCAUGAAUGUCACACGUAGCUAAGCUAAAAACUAGAGGUGACAGAGUUUCACAGUCAGAGCCCGAGACUCUGGAACGAGCUGCCUGAGGAAAUCAGCUCAGCAGGAUCGCUGACCUCUUUAAAUCUCUUCUGAAACAGACUUUUAUCAUAGAGCUUUUCCUGAUUUUUAUUUUUAUUUUUAUUUUUUUUUUUUUUUUAUUGACAACUUUUUAUUUUUGGUUGUAUUAAUUUUUACAGAUCUCUUGCUGGUGACACUUCUUUUGGUUUAUUUGCACUAAGACACUUUAAUUGUAUUUCUGAUUGCUUGUUUUAAAUGUUGCCUCAAUCGACCUGCAUGAUUUAUUUUGCUGCCUUGUGUAAAACACUUUGAAAUGUGGGUUUCUAUAAAUAAAGAUUGAUUAUUAUUUAUUAUUAUUAUUAUCACAAUCUGUCUAAAAUCAGCAAUUCAGGGCAGCCUUUUUUUUAAUUAACCAUUUUAUUUAAUUUUAUUCCUUUUAUUGGUUUUAUGUCUUAUUUUCAUUGGACUUUUUAUCAAUUUUAAUCACAUUUUAUUUUCUAUAGUUUUAUUUUACACACCUUGACACCUACUGAUCGGUUGUUGGUUUUAAUUAUUUUAUUUUUCUGGUUUUUAGUUCAUUCGCAUCAUUUAUGUUAUGUGUCUAAUGUUUUUUCUUCACACUAUCCACAUAGUUUUUGUUGUUGCAACGUCCUUGAUAACUCAGGCUUUGUGCAGCACAUUGUGCUUCCACCUGGAAUGAAAUGUGCUGUGUGAAUAAAGUCGUGCUUGAUCCUUCUCACUUUUUGGAUUUUACUGUAAAUUCCUUAUAAGGUGUAAAACUGCAGCUGAGUUUGUAAAAAUUCAAUCAAUUCUGUUUCUUUGAUGAUUGUUACAACAGCCAAACUCUUACAGAUGGUACUAUUUGUAAUAUACAGAUUUCCAUGUCAACUGACAAUUUAUUUUAGAAGUUAAAAAUGAAACCCACACAGUGAUAUAACACAGUUUGUUGAAAUAAUGUAAACAUGAUAAAACUUGAGUGGCCCCAUGAUAUCCAGCACCCAUUUACAGUUAAAAGCCCUUUUCUAGCAGCCGUUUUCUAGCUCGCCCAAUCACACAGCAACCUCAUCCACAUGAAGUCAGUCACCAUCUGUUUCUUUCACGAGUAAUAAAGACUCCAGACACAGA